AUGUGUGAGCAGGCAGCGCGCUAUUGCAGGGACGGCGUCCACAAACUGCUCAACAAAGAACAAGCCAAACUCCGGGCCCAGGACAGCAAAGACCAGCCACCAAACCCCGUAGCCGACCUGGUGCUGGACAGCGAGUCCGCGACGGCAGCACAGACCGGAAACAGCGGCGCUCAGCCCGGUGGUAUCGACGGGCUCGUCCGCUGGAUCGUAACCAAGAUGAGUGACAACAAGAACAUCUCCAGCCGGGAAUUCGCCGGCAGCCGGGAGGAGGUCGCCGUGGCUCAGGAGCAUUUUUACGCUCCUGAACCGCGCAAAGGCAUCGCCGUCAUUCUAGACAUAUUCCGAAGAGCUGAUAAAGACGAUGAUGGCAAGCUGUCUCUGGAUGAGUUCCAGGCCUUCUUCUCCGAUGGCACACUGAACGAGGAAGAACUGGAGAAGCUGUUCCACACCAUCGACUCUGAUAACACCAGUAAUGUUGACACUAAGGAACUGUGCGACUACUUUGCCAAGCACAUGGGGGACUACGAGGGGGUCCUGGCGUCCCUGGAGACGCUGAACCUCUCUAUCCUCAAAGCAAUGGACUUCACCAAGAAGGUGUACGAGAGGGGGUCCAACGUGGAGCAGUUUGUGACCCGUUUCCUGCUCAAGGAGUCAGCCAAUCAGAUCCAGUCACUGCUGAGCUCCGUAGAGAGUGCCGUGGAUGCGAUUGACGAGCAGCAUAGCCAAACAGGACACCACCCAGCCAAAGGGAGCCCGCGCAUGGCUGAGAAGCGCUAUGACAACGCCGUGCCUGACUACCCCCCUAACAACAGAGUCAGCGUCAAGGAGACCGCCAGGGCCCUCACCACGGCCUCAGGUGCCGUGGAGGUCAGGAAAGAGGGUCUGGAACAACAGAUCAACCGCCUAGCAGAGUUAAUCGGACGCAUGGAGAACAAGACGGUCUGGUUUGAUCUGCACCAGCGGCUUACAGACACGGACGGCACCGCCAGCGCAUCCCUGCUGCUGGUGCGUCAGGAGAUGGUGGUUUCCCAGAAGAAGUUGGGGGAGUUUUGUGAAGCUCUUAAGCAGUACCUGAAGAAUGUGUCGGCCCAGCGAGACUGCUUCCAUGUGACUGCAGUCAGGUUGCCAGAUGGCUUGUCCUUUGUCGUCUACGAGUUCUGGGAUGGAGACGAGGAGUGGAAGAGGCACCUGCAGUCGGCACCUAUCAAAACCUUUCAGCAUGUGAAGGUGGACACGCUAUGCCAGCCUGAAGCCGUGUCCACUGUAGCUGUGCCAGCUGCCUGGUGCAGUCUGAACAGAGAAUGAGGACUGAGUUGUUUGACGGCACGCCACCACACCUGGAC